AUGGCGGAGUACAGCCAGGCGGGCCUCCUGGCGGCUCUGCUCCUCUUCACGGCGCUCACGGUCCGGGACGUUUAUCUCGGCAGAACGAGCCCGCAGCGCGGACACCAGCAGGCCGACUUCCCCGGCUUCUCCCCGGACACUCUACCUGACACGGAGCCCGGGAAACCCGCCAAACCCUCCCUGUUUACCGGGCCUGUGCUCCGGUUCCAGUACUGGUGAGUUAGCUCUGAGGCUAACGGCUAGCGUCACGUGACCAAGUGACCACGUGAUCUGAGCUCCUUUUACCUGCGAAACCCUCAAUAGUUAUGAUUUAAUAAGAUGAUUUUCUCUUUUUGUUCUUUAGUGUGAAUGCAGAACACUUGAAAUAGGUUUUAACAAGUCUCUGUAGUAUUGUUUACUCAGUACUUUUUCUACUAAUGUUGUAAUGUUGUUAUUUUUAUGUCUUGAACUUAAACAAAGUAAAACCAAAGCACAGUUUAAAAGUAAAUUAAAGCAGUUUGAUUGAAAAAUACUUUAAAAAGCGAUUUUUGUUUUGCCACACUUAUUAUAUUUUAAAUGGGAAUGAUACACUUGAGAGAUUGAAAGUAUUUAAGGUAUAUUAAGUGUAUAUUUGUGUGUAUAUACGUGGACGUACAUAUAAGGUGUUUGUUUCAGUGUUAAUGAUUAAUUACAUUCAUGUUAGACUUUCGAGCUUUAGUUACUUUUUGGUAACAUCAGAAAUUCUAAAGACAUGUAAAGUGUAAAAGAAUAGGAAGGAAUGAGGGGCGGCACAUAUAAGAUAAAUAACUUCAACCUACUCCUCUUCAAUCUCCAAAACAAAAGGGAAUUUCUCGUCUAAAAUUGUUCUGUAUGUAUAUUUGAUCAAAUAAACAAUCUCAAUAAUAAUUCCCAGUCUUAUUAAAUCAGAUUUAUGUUUUGAAACAAAUUUUUUUAAAAUUUCUGAUAUAAUCCUGCUCUUAAUCCAAAGUCUGAGUGAUAUGUAUUAUUAUUGUUGUUGUUGUUUACAGUUUUACUGAUUUGAGAAUCACUGGUGUUCUUUCAAAUUUCUGUUAUUGUUGCUCUUAUUAAAUAGAGAUCCAGAAAAUGUGAUGAUUCUUUAAACUUCUCCUGUCAUUGUGAAAAAUCAAACUCCGUAUUUUCAGUGAGGAAACAGACGCUCCAGAUUAAAAAUAAACGAAUCAAAAGGUUUUAAAAUAAAAUUAUGUAAAAGAAACGAACAGAUUAAAACUGAUUUAUAACUUUAAUAUUUUUACUUGUGUGAUGGCUCCUCCUUUGUGUUUCAGUAUCUCCUGAGGUUACAGCAGAGUGUUCCAGGAGUACUCCAGAGCCAUCAGCCAGCUGUACCCGGACAUCCGCAUCGAGGGCGGGAACUACCCGCCAACCCCCUUCAACAGGUGAGCUCUGACAUCACUUAAUAACCUCCAAUGGGCGGGCUCUGGCGUCACCUAUAUGUUGAAUAAAUCAGUCAAAUUAAAGGUUAAAUAGAUACUUUAAUACUAAAUAACUAGUGUAACCAUGGUAACCUGUCCACCUAUGGUCCUCAGGUAUCUGGGGAACUUCUUCUCGUACCUGAAGCUGCUCGCCAUCCUCCUCAUUGUCAGCGGUCAAAACCCCUUCCUCCUUCUCGGCCUAGACACUCCUCGAGCCUGGACCUGGAGCCAGGACAACAAGGUACCUGUCACUACGGCAACAGGUGUUAAAAAAGGUUUCCAUGACAACGUGAUUUGACUGCAUGUAUGUUUUUCAGAUCUUCUCCUGUCUAAUGGCGUUCUUCCUCUGCAACAUGAUGGAGACCCACUUCCUGUCUACAGGGGCCUUCGAGGUCACUUUGAACGGUGAGUUCUGAUUGGUGUAAAGAUAAUACCGAAGACAAUGCUGAGUGCUGAUUGGUGGAAAAGUUAAGAGGGAGCAGUGAGAGGAGGGAUGAAAGAAUUAUUAUUAUUAUUAUUAUUAUUAUUAUUUAUUAUUAUUAUUAUUAUUACUGUUAUUGUUAUUAAUAUUGUAUAAUUAUUAUUACCGUUAUUGUUGUUAUUAUUGUUAUUAUUACUGUUAUUGUUGUUAUUAUUAUUAUUAUUACCGUUAUUGUUGUUAUUAUUUUGUGUUUAAACGCUUUGGUAAUAUUGUAGUAACAGUCAUGCCAAUAAAGCUCACUGAAAUGGAAACAUAAAAGGGCAUCUAGAAAGAAGUAAGAAGGAGGUGUAACGGUGUUUUUGGUUCCCCUCUCAGAUGUUCCCAUCUGGUCGAAGCUUCAAUCAGGUUACGUUCCAAACAUCCAGGAAAUCUUCCAGAUCCUCGACAGUCACCUGAAGAUGAACCAGGUGGACCCCAGAACCUUCACCUCCUCAUAG